UUAUUUUAUUUUAUUUUCAUUUUUUUUCCCUCUCAGUCUAUUUCUCCUCCCACCACUUUCUACUGUUUUUCUCUCCUAAAAAAAUACUCUCUCUCUCUCUCUCUCUCUCUCUCUCUCUCUCUCUCUCAUGGCGACUGCGGCUUUCAGAGGGGCAAAUGCUUCUUCUGGCAUGGGUGUUUCUGACCACAGCAAAGCCACAUACCUAGAACUGCAGAGAAAGAAGGUGCACCGUUAUGUGAUCUUUAAGAUUGAUGAGAAGAAAAAAGAGGUUGUGGUUGAGAAGACUGGAGGACCAGCUGAGAGCUAUGAUGAUUUUUCUGCUUCCUUGCCUGAGAAUGAUUGUCGAUAUGCUGUCUAUGACUUUGAUUUUGUGACUUCCGAGAAUUGCCAGAAGAGCAAGAUCUUCUUCAUUGCAUGGUCUCCUUCGGUGUCUCGCAUUCGUGCAAAAAUGCUUUAUGCAACUUCCAAGGACAGGUUCAGAAGAGCACUGGAAGGCAUCCAUUAUGAAAUCCAGGCAACUGACCCAACUGAGAUGGAUCUUGAGGUACUCAAGGACCGUGCACACUAAGCACUCUCUGGAUCAGAAGUGUUUCAAAUCUUGAGAAGAACAUGUGCAACCUGGAGGAAAUUCCUUUCUUGCUUCAAUUAGCUGUGGAUUGCUUCUCAUAUAUCGCUGUCACAGAGUACAUGUAGCUUAAUUGUAUAAAUAAUCGACACCUGAGAAGGCUGAUCGGGAGUUCGUAGGUAUGGACAAAUUUGAGCUCCUUAUUGCCAUGAUGCUUCUUAGCUGAUGUCGGAUACGGUUAUGCAUGUUAAUUGUUAAUCAUCUUUCUGUUGACUAA